AUGAAAAAGAGGUGGUUGAAGAACCAACAACAACAACCACACGAUUAUAAUAAUAAUAAAAACAACAACAACAACAACAACUUUUCAUCAUCAUCAUUAUCAUCAACAUCAUCGGAUUUAAAAAAGAUAAAGAUAUCGGUAUCCGAUGACACCACCUUUGAUUAUGACAAUGAUAUAGAUGAUGGCGAUUCACUAACAUUUGGGUUAGCUUUGGAAUAUGCUGAUGAUGAAUCAUUGGAUUGCACUAGUGGUAACACAGACAGUCGAAUGAUCAUUGAAGAUCUAUCGUCUUGGUCAUCAUCGUCGUCGUCGUCGUCGUCGUCGUCAUACGAAAUCAGAGAUAGGUCUGACCCCAAAAGCCUACUACAAGCAAUACAAGAUCACAAACAAUCACUACAUAUUGAACAAAGAGCAUCAUUUGAUCCUACAACCAGUGAUGGUGGUAUCAGAAGUGAACCAGACCAUAUUCAAAGUUACAUUGACAACAAAAAGUGUGAAGUCAUAAAGAAUAAGAAUAAGAAGAAAAAGAAACCAACUCUUCCUCCUUCUCCUCCUUCUCCUUCUCCCCAUCAUCCAAAGGAUCGUUCUUCAUCUCCCCAUUCAAAUAAUAUAAAUACAAAUACAAAUACACAUACAGAUACAUUUGAACCACACCCAUUAGAAGAGAAAUAUCACGAAAUAACAGAGAAAUAUGGACAUGAGAACUUUCCACGAGGAACCAAUCCACCUAUAAAUACAAAUCAAUGCAAUCAAAACAUAAUAGUUGGAGAUUGGGGAUUUAAAAAUUUGGCAAGUGGUGGAAACUCAAGUUGGAAGAUUGGAGUAGAAGAGGGACAUGAAGGUUAUUAUAAUGUAUCUUAUCCAACACAACUACCAAAUGAUUACAGUGUACAGACAGUGGUUGGAUACCAUGCAAUCUGCUUUGAGAGUUUGUUUCAAGCGGCCGAAUUUUAUGUCUAUCUCAACCAAACGAUCACAAUGCCGAUCGAUACCGAAGACGUGACCUAUUUGUACUACUCUUAUGCAGCGACACACUUGGUGGUCGAUAUGCAGGUGGUGUUGAACGGCCAGAUCGUUGCAUCAGAGGUGCACCAGAGUCCAGCAACCUAUGUGCAGUCAACACAGACGGCACUGCUCUCCUUUUCGUCGUCAGAGAAGGGCUGGACAAUCGACCUGUCGUUCAAGAUUCGGUUCUAUGGGUAUGGGCAGGCGACGUUUUGUCUGUCGGAUAUCUACGCGUUGCGGUCGGGACAGCCUUUGCCGGGCAACAAGAUCUACGUGGGUAACAAUGGCAGCGACAUUUAUGGCAAUGGGACUGCCGAAUUCCCAUUCUCGUCGAUCCGCCAGGCGAUUAAUAUGGCCGACUCCAACGCCAACUCGGAGAUUGUGUUGUACUCGGGCGCAAACAUACGUGCUGGCGUUCCGUGGCUACCUGACGAUCCAAGACUCGUCGUUUUUGUCCAACGAGACCAACACGUACAUCCAGGUGGAGGCCGGCUCGCUCGAGCUGGACAACUCGCGUGUCAUAGGCUCGUCGAUGACGGCCGUGAUCCUGUCGUCGUCGAGCUGCACGAUAUCGCAGACGUUUGUGUCGUCGGCCGCGUUUUUGACGGCGCUGUCGUCCAACUUUUACGUCUACAACUCGACGUUUAUGAACACGUUUGUCUUGUCAGAGGUCAAAGAGUCGACGGGCUACUGCGUGCAGUGUCGCUACAGCGACUGCAGCAACGGGUUUUGGGGUAUCUCGGGCGGCUACUUUUACGACCAAAGCAGCAACAUCACGCACAUGGUUGGCCCCUACAUGGUCACGUCGAUGCUGGCCAACGUCUACAUUGA